AUGAAGGAUGAUAUAAUUAAAAGGCCUACAACAAGCCAUUAUAUCAAAGCGGUUUCUUCACGAACAAAUGGUACUACCGUGAGGCCUACUACUACUGCAAGAUCUUUAGUGAAGCGUACGAAUAGUAUUUCACAUCCAUCAAUGGAUGCCGGUUUUAAGCGCCGCAUUAUCAGCACAACUCCCAGUGGUAUUACAGUAUCAAGUAGUACUCGUUACUCUAAUGUUGCUCAUGCACAGUCACUGAACAUCAAUUCAUCGGCAAUGUCUCGAAUGAAAAGUGGGCCACUGAGUGCAGCACCAUCAGCUCUCACGACUGUUACGGUCCAGUCCAGUAUACCUUCGAUUGUCCUGCCUCCAGAACCCACCAUGCAUAACAGUAGACUAAAGAAUUUUGAUGGCGGUACUUUCAACAUUUGA